UUAAUAUGAUUUCUUUCUUACGUUUAUUUAAAAAUAAGAUCGUAACGGGAUUCGAUUAUGUGAUCGAUUUAAUAAUAUGAAUCGAAUCGAAUCGUUUUCUAAAAUGGCAACACCAUACAAUGCGACUGUCAAAUCGCCGAAUUGUCAAACCAACACGUCAAACAUAUGGAUUAUUUAUCGGAGUUAGUUUCUUGCCGCAGUGUUAAAAUUCGUGGUUAUUGUUUCUGAUGACUUUCAAUAUUUGUAUUUGACUUCAAAUCAUGAUGGAGGGUUCCCUGAGUAAAUGGACAAAUGUGAUGAAGGGCUGGCAGUAUCGGUGGUUCGUGCUGGAUGAGAAUGCGGGCCUCCUCUCGUAUUACACGUCGAAAGAGAAGAUGACGCGGGGAGUACGCCGCGGUUGUGUGAGGUUGAGGGCGGCGGUCAUAGGCAUUGAUGAUGAGGAUGACUCCACCUUCACCAUCACAGUCGACCACAAAACCUUCCACUUCCAGGCUCGUGAUGGAUCAGAACGAGAGCGUUGGGUCCGCGCUCUCGAGGAGACUAUAUCGCGACAUGGCAGGCGAGGAUGGUCGAGGAGCAUGCCCACAUCUCGGCACCGCCACGGCGACCUAGAGCGACGUAUAUCUGAAGCAGAUGCUUACCUGCAGAUCAUGAUUGAUCUCGUUUCCAAAAUAAGUUUGCGAGUAUCCGAGCUGGCCGAUCCGCAUGAGAAAAAUAAAGGGCAAGUGAUAUUAGACCAUUCCAACGCAAUGUUGGAUAACAUAAAACAUUCCAUAGUGCUUCUUCAAAUAGCUAAGAAUACUGUAAAUCCAGUCAACGGUGUUUAUCAAGGUCCAACGAAUUCUUCUCAAACACAUAUCAAGCUAACCAAUCAAGGUGCAGAGCUGUCACCUCGAGUGGAAAUGGGGGCCGAGUGUCGUGAGCUGCCGACCCCCACGCGGCCACUACCCUCCCUGGAAGACAUCGAUGCCCCUAGAGCCAUGUCCCUGUUCGUGCCGGACACAUCAUAUUCAUCAUCGGAGGGCGAGGAUGAUUUCUACGAUGCAGAUGACGAGCCCGCUGACAUCCCCCAACCGGGGCCCAGCGCGAGCCGCACGUGCCCGGCGGAGGGUGCGCCCGAGCAGGACUCGGCGCAGCCCGCUGUCGAUCUGCCGCGCACCAGAGACGGGGAGAUCGACUACGAUGCACUGUAUGAAGAUGAAUCGGAUAGCGACUUGGGCUCAAUGGAGAACCACGGCUCAGUGGUUACUCAUCUCCUCUCACAGGUCAAGAUUGGAAUGGAUCUCACAAAGGUCGUGCUGCCAACGUUUAUUCUAGAGAGGCGGUCACUCCUAGAAAUGUAUGCAGACUCCUUCGCCCAUCCUGAUCAGUUCGUCAAGAUAGUAGACAUGCCAACUCCUCGCGACCGCAUGGUGCAAGUGGUUAGAUGGUACCUCAGUUCAUACCACGCCGGUCGCAAGUCCCAGGUCGCCAAGAAACCCUACAACCCGAUCCUCGGCGAGGUGUUCCGAUGCCAUUGGGAAUUGGACGGCGCGGAGACCCACACAUCCAAUACUGAGAAGCAGGAAGUCGGCGACGGCCCAGUGCCAUGGUGUACACCAGACCAGUUGUCCUUUGUGGCGGAGCAAGUGUCCCAUCACCCACCGAUCUCUGCAUUCUAUGCGGAACACGUCAACAAGCGCAUACAGUUUGAGGCGUGGGUGUGGACCAAGAGCAAGUUCCUCGGCCUGUCCAUCGGCGUCCACAACAUAGGACGCGGAACUGUCACCCUACUCGAUACCGGCGAGGAGUAUACUCUCACCUUCCCUAAUGGAUAUGGCAGAUCAAUACUGACAGUGCCGUGGAUAGAACUGGGCGGUUCUGUAGUUAUCGAGUGUGUCCAAACUGGCCACAAAGCGAACAUAGAGUUCCUCACUAAGCCGUUCUACGGGGGCAAGAAACACCGCGUCACGUGCGAAGUGUACGCCGGCACCGACAAGAAGGCGUACUACACCGCGCAGGGCGAGUGGAACUCCAGGAUGGAUGGACGAUGGACCGAGUCUGGGAGGACGGAGGUGCUGUUCGAGGUGGCGAGCAUGAAGCCGCGGCGGAAGCGCGUGGCGCCGGUGUCGCGGCAGGCGGCGGCGGAGUCCCGCCGCGUGUGGCGCCACGUGACGGCCGGCCUGCGAGCCGCCGAUACAGAAGCAGCCACCGCCGCCAAGCGCGCCGUCGAGCAGGCGCAACGUGACGCCGCUAAGCGACGGGAUGCCGCCGCUGAGAAGUGGACCACGCAGUUAUUCAACCCUAAAGGCGAGGACGGCUGGGAAUACAGUACACCACUAAAGAACCGUCUCGAGAAAUCUACGCCCCAACACAAACCCACCGAGAACGCGGAGAAUACGAGAUAAUGGACUUUAAAUGUUGUUAAGUAAUGUGGACUUUAAACUAAUGCCCCUAAGGUAGAGAUUCCAUCGUCACAUCAAACGGACCUCUUAGCGAACUAGAUAAACCCGUUGUUAUUUCGUGACGCACCAGUGUUAAUCGCUUAGGUAAUUUGGGAAGUAUAGGCUGUUAAAAGUCUUUUGCCAUAAUUUCUAUUCGAAACUAUGACGUUCGUAAAGGUUGGUGACGACUGCCAAAUGCAAGAACUCUAUUCAAAUUAGAUAUAGAAUACAUUUUUCUUACGUACUUUUUUGGGGUCUAGUACAAUGUUAGAGACGGGGAUCAAUGUCCCAGUCUUGAAAUAUAAUAUUCUGUCAAUACUAUGAAGCCUAUAAAUAAUCUCUAUGAAUAUUUCGUACUUCAUUGCAUGCUAUAUACCGACUGUGUAGAUUCAGACACUAUAAUAACUCUAUACUUAUUACUUAUUAGUCUAUGUUUAUAUUGCAAGGGUUUACAACGCCCGAUUCAUGUUUCUGGCAAUAUAAGGGAUUAUGGAAUGCAAUGGCUCCAUAUCACCAGACGAGCCUGCUUAAUAACUUGAAAUAAAG